AUGGCCAAUAUGAAAAAAUGUUCCUACUGGGUUACCGGAAAUGUGUGCGCGUGUGUGCAGUGUAGUAGUGGUCCUCCAGAAGUCGCCCUGUCAUCCGGACCCAGUACCAGGUCGUACUCCCCCGCUGCAGGCCUUGUUCAUCUCCAUGAGGUUGUAGGCGCAGAAGGCCUCUCCCUCAUCCAAGCCUGGCUCCCGCAUCUAAUGGAAUUGGACUCCAGGAGGCAGUGCAUCAGGGAAGCCUUCCAGCACUGUUCCCAAAAGGCGAAAGAAAUCGCAAAGAAAGUGAGGGAGAAAGUGAAUGAAGCGACGAUGGCCUGUCAACUGGCGAUGGGGGGCCCCAAGAAGAAAGUGACAGAAGGUGAGAGAACGCCAGAUGGAGAAAGGGGAAAUGGUGGGAAAUUGCAGGACAUCUGA